AUGGGGAAUCUGGCAGCAGCAUACUGCAGUAAGGGCCGAUUCCAGGAAGCUGAAGCGUUGCAACUCAAGGAGCUUCAAAUCAGAGAAAUUCAAUAUGGUGGCGAUGAUCUUUCGGUUGCUGAAAAUAUGCUGAGUUUAGCGUGGACCUAUCGUGAACAACGCCGAUUUGAAGAAACCGCUACCCUUGGAAUACAUAUUAUCGAGAUAUUCAUGAAAAACCUUGGCCCGGAAAAUCCAGAUACCCUUGCUACCGCAAGGAGCAUGGUACAUCUCUACCCUGAUUCUCGUCUACUAGAAGUAGCCGAGUCUUCUCGGAGUUGA